CCGGGCGAGUCGGAAUGGGAAGGAUUUGGGCGUCGCAGUCCGCGCUCCUUCUCCGCGACUUCCUCCUCAUCUUCCUCCUCUUCUUCGGAAUAGAUGUUCGUGUUGUUACUUGAUCCUAAUAUGAAAAAUCAACAUCUGAUUCAGCUCUCAGAUCUGUGAUGCUACUGAAAGGGAGAGAACUCUGGCUAUGAUAAAGCCGGAUGGUUUGUUAGGAAACUACACCGACAAAAUAAAGACUAUUAUUCUGGAAUCUGGAUUUGGGAUCAUCAAGGAGAGGAUGGUGCAACUUGAUGAUGAGAAAGCUGCACUUUUCUAUGCUGAACAUUCCGGAAAGAGCUUUUUCCAAAGCCUUGUUAAGUAUAUGACGAGUGGCCCAGUUUAUGUUAUGGUUCUGGAAAAGCCUGACGCCGUCUCGCGAUGGCGCGCUUUGAUUGGACCAACUGAUGCCAGAAAGGCUAAAGUUUCUCAUCCUAGCAGCAUUAGAGCCAUGUGCGGGUCGGACUUGGAAAGGAAUUGCGUCCAUGGUUCUGAUUCGCCUCAAUCGGCUGCAAGGGAAAUCUCAUUUUUCUUCGGAGACAUCUCUCCAGCCGUAGAUCGCCAGAGUAUCUGCCAUCCAUCCCUUCUCUCCUUUAAAACCACAUUGUCUGCUGUUACAAAGCAUGACGAACUUUAGAAGGUUACCGGGAGGCACAAAUUCAUCUAAAAAGACAACAUCGAAGCAAGCGGCUCGGCUAUUUCUCAGGUAGUGCGAACGACCGGUCCAUGGAAUUCUAGUUACAAGUCAUUUAUCCGGUGCCCAUGGUUUCCUCCACGCAGGCGCUUGUCGUCGAUGGAACUUUAUGCGACUUUUAGUUUUUUAUUGCCUCGAUCGUGUAAGAAAACUCAAUAUCAUCAAAUGUUAUCGGCCAAAUUGGGAAUUUGAAUGCCCUGUAAGUGUACAUUUCCUAAAUUUAAGGCUGCUUACUAUAAAAUGUUUCCAGUGUACUUUGAGGGACUCUUUUUAAGUUUGUUUCCAGUGUAUUUUGAA